ACUACCCCGCAAGCACCCUUCAUCGCAGUCUUGGAAUCCUACCUGGCUCCCGCUGUACCUGUCGGCACUUCGACCUCACCGUCAGAUGCUGCAUUCCACCUCAUCUCCACACCUAUCCUUACCAAGCUGAAGAAUGUCGGUCCUGCUCGCGUCAAGGAUAUGCGCUCCACUGGUGUCUCCAUGCAGGUCGUUUCCCACGUCCCAAUCCCCACGAAUCCAUCGACGUGCGCAAAGCUGAACGACUCACUGGCUGCAGCUAUUUGCCUUAGUCAGGAUCGAUUUGCGGCGCUGGCGCUAUUGCCCAUGAAUGACCCGAAGGACGCGGCGAGAGAGCUGCAGAGGUGUGUCACGAAAUAUCAGUUCGUUGGCGGCGUGCUGGGCUUGCGAAGGAAAUAUGGGAUAAAAGAGGGAGAGUUCAGCAUGCACCUUGACGACCCAGCAUUUAAGGAGCUUUGGGGAAUAGCAGAGAAAUAUCGCGUCCCGGUUGCAUUGAAAGAGGUGUUUCCCUCAAGAGAGCAGAUACCAGAAUACAAAGACAAUUAUCCCGACUCCUUCGUAGGUCCGCUAGUCACGAAUUUCCACGCCGCGCAUACAUCAUCACCACUGCCGAUCCUACGGCUCUAUGCCGCCGGCGUCUUCCAGCGACACCCGAACCUGCGCCUCAUCCUGUCACAAUCCGCCCAUUCCAUCGCAUCCGCCCUGCCACGCAUCGAAUCCGUCUUUUCCACUCUACCGACGAAAACAACACGUAGCUUCAAAGACGUCUGGCAGCACAAUCUUUACGUCACUACGGCAGAUGAUCUAGCGAGUAUGCGGGCAUUGUUAGAGCACAUACCGAUCGAUCGGGUGUUAUAUGCGACGAACUACCCGUUCGAGGAGAGAGGAAGAGGUUUGAUGACUGAACUGAAGGAAAGCGGAUUAGUGGGUAGGGAGGAGUGGGAGAGGAUUGCUUGGGGGAAUGCGGCAUCGCUGUUCGGCCUGAAGGGCGACGGAGCUCGAGUGGGCAGG